UUUGCUUAUUCUUCCCGUUUCGUGCGCGUUUCGUGUGUGUUGUACUUUUCCUCAUCGUCGUAGAUGUCGUCGUUGUUGAAAUUAAAAAUCUAUUGUUUUUAACUUCUUCUCUAACGAAAACCAUUAUCGAAACAACGAAUUUUUUUCCCCCUUAUAAUUGCCGAGAACAUCAAAGCGUUCAACUUCUGGAAUGUGGCCCAAACGAAUUGCGAACAACGAAUUUUUCGCCGUGUGUCGGUUGUGAAUCGCGGAACCAACGAACAAAUCGACAAAAGAAAAAAUAUACGAGAUAACUUUUAGGCGUACGUCCGCCAGUGAUCCGAAGUGGUGAAGUGAAUUAGUGUGACGGCCGAACACACAGGAAGCGCACAUCAGCUACACAGCAACAUUAAGUAGAAUGUUUGUUUCCAACACGAAUAUGGCAUGCGAGGUUGUAAAUCUUAGUGACGCCAGUUAAACAAAAAACUUGAAAGUAACAAAACAAAACAAAAUUACAAAAAAAAAAAUCUAAUCAUUUAUUAAAAAGUGCAAAAGCAGAUACUUGGCGAAAGGAACACACAAAACAAAGGCGGAAAGGAAGCAAGCACAAGAGGGCGAUACUUGCUUUUCUUUCACAAAGGCUUUCAAACUUAUUGCAGAACAACGCCUCAACCCCUCAACGCCUUCACCGUGAACGCCAUUGAUAUUUCACAGCAGCAGUCGAAACUAAAAUUCAUCCACAGCUGUCACGAUGGCCGAUAAAGGAAAGGAAGCCCCCAAAAAUACGGAACAAAAGAACCAAUUGACCCGUGCCAUGCCCGAACAGAGCAACGACUAUCGUGUUGUUGUGUUUGGUGCCGGUGGUGUGGGAAAGAGUUCGCUGGUCUUACGUUUUAUUAGGGGAACCUUCCGCGAAACUUAUAUACCGACCAUUGAGGACACCUAUCGACAGGUUAUAAGUUGCAAUAAAAAUAUUUGCACUCUGCAAAUAACCGACACAACAGGCUCACAUCAAUUUCCGGCUAUGCAAAGACUGUCCAUAACCAAAGGCCAUGCGUUCAUACUGGUAUAUUCGGUCUGCUCGAAGCAAAGUUUAGAGGAGCUGCGACCCAUAUGGCAAAAUAUUAAGGAUCUUAAGGGGCCGGACGUUGUCAAUAUACCAGUUAUGUUGGCGGGUAAUAAGAGCGAUGAAAGUGCCGAGUUACGUGAGGUAUCACAAGCUGAGGGGCAGGCACAGGCAGCCGCCUGGGGCAUAUCGUUCAUGGAGACAUCGGCCAAAACCAAUCACAACGUCACCGAAUUAUUUCAGGAGCUGCUCAACUUGGAGAAAUCGCGCAUUGUGUCGCUGCAGUUGGAUGUCAAAAAGCAAAAGAAGCAGAAGAAGGAGAAGAAAAGUAAAGAAAGUAACGGUGCCAUACCGGAAAACAGCGAUGGAGCAGCUGGAGCCAAGGAGAAAUGUCAACUGAUGUAAGGGUAGACGGGAGGCGUAAGAACAUAACGAAGCAGAGAUAGAGACACACAAGCAAAUGGUGGUGUUAGAGUUAGUGAAUGAACGGCCGCCAAUGAAGCCAUGCUCUUGCACGAACACACGAAUAUGUACAGCAACAAUGCAGCUAUCGAGUGUAUGCAUAUGAAAUCGGUAUUUUUUUUUGAAAAUUAUAACUAUUGCCAGUUACAUAUUUUCGUUAUUUCACAAGUGAAUUUUGGUAUACAAUUUUUUUAGCACAUUGAGGAAUGAUUCCACUUUUACACUUUUCUGCAAGCGUGUGCCACAUCCGUUGAAAAAAAACAAAAACAAAACAAUCACGUGGUAAUCAAAUGGAACUAGCAAUAAGUCUGGUGAAUAAACCGUUUAAGACAGUGCUUCCCAAACAUUUUACCACAUGCCUUGCUUGAUGAGAUGUUGCAUUUUCAUUAGAAAAAAUCACUUUUUAUGACAUCUUCCCAUAUUCUGGGCCUUUUUGUGGAGGCAAAGCAUGAUUAGAAACUAUUAAUUAUUAUCAGUAGCGCAGACUUGCAACAGUUUGAUUUGGUUGUAGUAGCUCCUACUAAAUUAGAAAUUGACAAAAACAAAUAUUGUGCGCAUUUCGUAGUGUGAAAGCAUCGAAAGAGCAAUAAAAUUAUAACACGCGGUAGUUGUACUUUGAAAGCUUCCAUAUUUUUAGCGGCACUAACAUGCGUAUAUACGAAUUCCGGUUUCAUAGGUAUACAGCUGAUACAACAGAGUAUGCUGAUAAAUAGAGGCGUGGCUAAGGAUAGUUGUGGACAAUUAUACUCGUUUUGAAUUCACUUCAAAUUAGCUUUAAAAAACCAAAAAACGAAAAACAUAAUAAGAACAAAAACAAUUUUAACUUAUACUCAAAUGUUACAUAUUUUAAUAAUUUAUUUAUUAAUUUAGGCUAAUGAAGCGCAUACGAAAUAAUUAUUUACGCAUAGUAUGUACCCGUACUUGUAGUUGUAUGUACAUUUGUAGAUUUUCACCUUUGUUACUAAGAACUAUUAGUGCGUACCAAAGAGAUUUUCAAACGCCAUUUAAUAUUGUCUAUUUUUAUUAAAACUAAAACUAAGAACUCACAGCAAAUUAGUUAUAAAUAUAUACAGAUCACAAGACGGAUAGAAAAACUUUAGCAAAAGAAUUAGGAAAAAAAACAUGCUUGAAUACAUUUGCCUCGGAAACAAAAAAAAAUUAAAUUUAUUAAAUAAAGAAAUUAAAAAUAUUUAAUUGAGUUUGAUAGUAAAUAUAAUAAAUUAAUUUUUGCAUGAUACAAAACGAAAUAGUUUGCAAGUAUUCUAAAAUUUUGUUAGAGCGCAGUAUUUAGUUUACUUGUAUGUGUUAAUUGCCUUGAGCUGACUGUCGUGGUGAAUUUCGUGUAUUUGAGCAAAAAAUGUAUGAAGACCAGAAGCAAAGAGUGUAUAAAGGCACAAUGGUGCGGUUUCUGUCUCAUUCAACUAAAAAAAAACUUCGCUCAGAAAUUCCACCACACAAAAGUUAAUUGGCUCUAAAUGUCAUUUCUCUUUAUUAUGAUAAUAUUAGUACGGCUCAAUUCCGUAUGGAACAAAAUAUUGGCCAAAUGGCCGCCGCGGCCUCGGCGGCACACCUCCAUCCGAUGGUCCAAAUUUUCGAUGACGCUGAGGCAUAAUUGAAGUUCUAUGCCGUUAAUGUGCCGAAUUAUCUCAUCCUUUAGCUCUUGAAUUGUUGCUGGCUUAUCGACGUACACCUUUUUUUUCAAAUAACCCCAAAGAAAGAAGUCCAACGGUGUCGUUGACGCUUAGGUGUGGUUCACAUUCAACACCGGCCCUUGAAAUUUAACCACCCUUUAUUAGGUCGGACUAUAUAAACUCAAAAAGGAAGAAGCUGCCGUAAUAUGAUAAAAAAUUAAAAAAAAGGUGAAUAUCAAGGGAAUUUUGUGAUUUUGGGGAGUUUCACUACGCCAUUUAAAUUAUAAUUCAGUAAAAAAACAUUUUCUAUUUAGUUUUAAUUAGUUGUUGUGUUCUUUGUGGUUUGUGUUCCUCUACUCACACUCUCGACGCUUUUUUCACCACGCAAAAAAUAAAAAAUUGUGGCUAUUAGGAAUCAAAUUGGAAUGAAUUUGUGUGGUGAAAUAAGUUUUGAGAGUUUAGGUAAUGAAAUGAGCCCGGAACUACAGUUUCUGCUCUUUAUAUAUUCUUUGUUCAUUGCCUUCUUACGCUCUUUACAAGAUGCUACUUUCCGGGGGCUUAGGUAGGAGAUUUCACCACACAAAGCCAGCUAUUUUCAAUACUUCCAAUUUACUUCAAUAGUCAAAAUGGAUCUAUUUAAUUAAAUUAAUUAAAUAAUUAAAUUAAUCUUUUUACGCUCUUUGUUCAAAUCAACUCAGCUGUGUUAAAAUUUCCGACACUGGUUUUUAGUAAAGAAAACGCACGAGCUGCAAAUGCUGCUUCUUGUCUUUAUAAGUUCUGUGCUUAAGAUCUCAAGCGAGGCAAAGCUAAUAAUACUUUGUUAAUCCAUUAGUACCUAUGCAUCAUUUCUUGAAAGAGCUUUAACAUAAAAUUGAUCAAAAUAUUUUUUUUUUGUGUUUUCGACACAUUUUUUCUCUUACACGAAUAUGUAAAAUCAUUGUUUGCGCUUGAAAUCAAGGCGAAUCCAUUAAAGGCGGUGGCACUAGACCAACAACAAUGUUCUGUACAUUUCAUUGUCAAAGCGAGGAAUUGAGAAAGUAGAAAACAAAUAAUGAAUUCGCCUUAUUUCAUUCUAAGCUGCCACAUGGAAACGGCGAAAGAAAAAAAAACAACUCAGCUGAUUUACCAAGAACACCUUUAAUAGAUUCGCCUUGCUUGAAAUAAAAUUUUGGAAAUCUUAGUAGAGAGAAAAUAUAUCGGCAAACAAUUUUGUGGCAGUUUUUUUGUUUUUUUAAUUAUUUAUGCGGUAACUAUUAGUGUAAAAAAUAUACAGGGCACUCACUAACCCAAAAACACACACACGUAUAUACAUACAUAUCAGAUUUUGCUCUUAUUUUCGAAUCAUAUUAGAAAAAUAGACGAAGAAAUAAAUGUGGUUUUCAAAAAAUAUUAUUUUUCAAAAAAAAAACCCAUUAUCAGAGUUAAAACUGAAAAUGUCUGAAUUCAAAAAAGGUAGGCCAUAUAUGUACAUUUACAUAUAGGCUCGUACAUAUUGUGUAUUGAGUAUAAAGACCGAGUUUUGGGCAAAAGUUGGAGUAGCUACGGAAUAGCUAACGAAUACUUUAUACGGACCUUCUUCCUUAAACAAUUUUGUUUAGCUUGGCAAACCAAACAUUUUUAAUGGCACUUGUCCAAUAUUUUUAGCUUAAAGAAACCUGCAACUCCUCAUGUUUUCAUUGCAGUAUAAAACUCAGCAUUCUGGAUCUAUUUAAAGUCUGAAACAUACGUCAAGUUUCAUCGUCCAUAACUACCCAGCCGCACAUAUUUAUGAAUAUCUUGACUGUAGAACUUUCGUGCACGUGUUUUAGCAUUCUUAAUUUGUUUAUCAUUUCGAUUGGAUCCUACACUAUUUUUCAAUCUUUUUACAUGAUCGUAAGCCUUUACUUUUGCACACUUUUUGGACGUAUCCUUCCAACACACGGGCCUGUUUUGCAGCAUAUCGAAGAAAAAGGUCAGCUGUUUUGGAAGUAAUGACACCAUUCUUAAACUUUUGUUUUCGACGAAAAUCCUUUUUUUCUUCUAGUACCAGGCCUUCGUUCCACCGACAAGGUUUCAUUAAACUUCUUUAACCGCACUUUUCGUUAUUUGAAGUACUUUAAAUUACUUAUUUUUCGGACUAUUUAAAGUUUUUGCUAUGGCAUUGUGCGAAAAAAAACCACAUUCUUGCCUUUUUGCGCACAAUUUUCUCCGUAAGCUCAAACUUAACCGAAUACGUUUUGAAGAAUAUGUAGAAGUUACAAAAAGUGAUUCAAACUACUACAGCUUCCAGCAGGUGUUGACCAAUUUGGCCCG